CUCACCCUCAUGUGUUACCAAGACCAAGCAAGACUUGCUCAAUUUUUUAGGCAAAAACAGCAACAGACGUCAGAUGUCAUGCUCAGUGCUUGCGUACUUGACUUGCAAAGUUGAAAUUAAAUCCGAAAUCUAGUUUUAUAAUAUAGUGCAGACUUGAAUGAUAGAUAAUAAUUGGUCACUAUUCAUUGUUCUGUUGAUUUCUUAUGAAGAACAGGGCGACUGGUUUUUGUGUACUUUAUGUUUAUGAUCAUUUAGUUUAUACAAUUGUUUAAUAUUUGAUAAAGACAACUUAUAAUCCUAUUAUUUUAUGUUAUAUAGGGUUUAUCACUCAUCAGUUACGUUUUGUAAGAUGAUAAAAUAUAUUAUUUUUUGGAAAGAUAAUUUUCUACAAAACACUGAAAAUUUAGAAUCGGGUAUUUGAAUUCCUACUUGAGGAUUUAACCUAAGAUAAGCCUGUCAUUGUUACUCCUUUAUGUGUAUGUUCUGCUAUCAUAUUGAUUCAUCAUAGUGUAAACAUCAGUCCAUUUAAACCUAGACAUGGAACUGGAUAGCUUAGAAAGUUGCAUUGAAGGAUGGGAAGAUUUGACGAAAGAGCUGAAAGUGUUAGAGCACAGGACAAGACAAGAGUUAUAAUUUAUGUAAAUGUAAGAAGAACUGAAAGCAUAUUGACUAUACCUUGAGGAAGAUUGAUUAAAGGAUGCUGAGCAAAUUCACAACAUCACAAAUAGUAAGCGGAAUACGCUGGGCUUUUCCAUGCGGUAGCUGGUCACCUUCAGUACAGGAUUGGCAGUUCCUGGCCAGUGGCCUGGAUGCCUCGGAGAAGGAACAAGUGGCACAGUAUGCGUAUUUAAAGGAUGUGAAAUCCACAAUAAUUGGACGGUUUAUGAUAAAAAAAUAUGUCAGUGAGGUUAGUGGAUUGGAUUGGAAGGAUAUUAAAAUUUUGAGGGAUGUGGAACACAAAAAGCCGUACCUGUGUGACGAUCAGUUUACUCGUAGAAGAGUGCAGUUUAACGUUUCGCACAACGGUGAUUACGUUGCUUUGGCUGGAGAAGUUGGUAUUUUAGAUAUCGGCAUAGAUUUGAUGAAGAUAAAAAAGACAAGGACAGCUAAUAUUGAUGAGUAUUUUCGACUAAUGAGAAGGAAAUAUUCCAGUGCGGAAUGGGCCGUCAUAAAUUCUCAAAAGAGUGACACAGAGCAAAUGGCGAUGUUUUACCGAUUUUGGUGUUUGAAAGAGAGCCUAACCAAAGCGGUUGGUACUGGUAUCACAGGAGAUCUUCGGAAUAUAAGCUUCAAUCUGAAAAGUCAUAAAUUAUCGUCAAACGUUAUCGUUGAUGAUACUGAAGUUUUUAUUGGUGGUUGUAAAUGUGGAAGUUGGAAAUUUGAAGAGACGAUGAUUGACAGAGAACAUAUAGUGACUGUUGCUCUUAAUGAUCGUGAAAGAAAUUUUAAAAUCCAUCGAAACAAGUGUUCUUUUACCAUACUAACAUAUCCUGAGUUAAUAUUACAAUACCAGCAAGUUACUGAUGUAGAUGUCGACUAUGCAAGCCAAAUUAUGUUGAAGAAAACAUUCUGAUUGUUCAACACAGUUUUAGUGUAGUUUGUCUAGUUGUCAGUUAGGUUUCAUGUGUCUAGUAAUUAAUUUACAAAGACUAAGAAACUGUAUUAUCGUGAUUGUUAUUUAAAGCAUUAUAUUAAAUAUUUUUUAAACUAUAGCCAAUAUAUGACAUUUUUGACUUGCCAGUUUAAAACCAUGUACAAUUUUAAGUCUUUGUAGAAAUUUGAAACUUCCGAAAAAGAAAUUUUAAAAUAUCUCACAAAUAAAAAUGCUUUUACUCUGUUAAUGAAUUAUCCCCAAAAGAUAUAAUCUAGAAUUUUAAUAAGCUAUUGUUUAUUUAGAUUACUUGGUGAUUCAUUAUACUAACUGAUUUAAUAUGAUCAUAAGUAUAUUAUUUUUAGUUUAUUUUAAGUCACUGACAAUGCACCAGUUUGUUCACUGUAAUAAUAAUACUAUGUGAAAUGUUUUGUGCAAUGAAGAAUUAAUUGAUUAAAUAAGAAAACCUGA